AUGACAACUUCCGACAAUGUCGAGAAGACGAUUAGCCAGACCGAGUACAUCGACCAGAUAUCGGUCCACAAACCAGUAGAGCACGUCGCUGUCCACACGGAUACUUUCGAUAUCUCCGAGGACGCCCUAGGCACCAACGACAUCGGCCCUUCCUCGAAUCUGCUUUGGGUUCCACUUGCGUAUACGUUAUCAUUAUCUGUCUCGUUUCUUUUGGUUGGCAGGUUCUCGGAUAUCUUUGCGAGAAGGUGGUUCUUCAUUAUCGGCAAUGCCUUCGCCAUAAUUGGAACUAUUAUGGGAGCCACGGCGAAGACUGUCAAUACUAUCGUCGGAGGAAACGUCUUCAAUGGGCUCGGAGCUGCGAUCUAG